AUGGUGAUUUAAAAGAACUUCUGGCAGGAAUUUAGGUAAUUUUCAAUUUAAUUAUUUUGAGAACCUAAGGAUAAUUAAUCCAAUCUUUAAUGAAAAAUAGUCAAAGAAUUAGUUUAUUAAUUACUUAAAAACUUGUGGAUAACGAUAAAUAAUUCUAUAGUGUAUUAUUUACAAUUGUAAAAUAAUCCUAAAAAUGGAAAUAAUAUAAAGCUGAUGUUUUAGUUAUUAGUGUUAUUCCUAGUCUAAUUUCAUUAAAUAUACUCAAUGGAGAAGAAAUUGUAUCUGUUUUAUUAUUAGCCAUCUAUAAUGAAUAUUUGGAUUUCAUAAAUAAAUAAAGUGAAACUCAUUUAUCUUUAGAAAGUUUGCCUAUAAUGAAAAAUAAAUAUGAACAGCUUUUUCAUAAUGAUAAAAAAAGAAAACAGUAUUAAAUCAUUAAAGAAAUAACACAAACAAAUUUAUUGGAAAUUCAUUAAAUGUUACUUGAAUUAUUUUUAAUUUACCUCAAUUAAAUGGAUUAAGUGAUUCUAAAAUAAGCAAUAAGAUUAGGAUACAUUUUCUGUGGAUCAACAUACACAAGUUAAGAAUUAAAACUUCUUGAAUAUCAUGGUGUAUAAGAUUAAAUUUUUAAAGUUCAAAUGAGUGAUCGGUCUAUGGAAUUACUGUUAUUUAUAGUAUCUUCAAUAAAUUUAAGUGAUGAAUCUAUAUUACAUGUUCAUCACCUUAUAAAUUUAAUAAGGAAAAAAGCAGCAAAUGAAUCAAGAUUUAGUGUAGCAGGAUUAGCUUAAUCAGUUAUUACAAUAACUGAAGAUGUAUUUGAAGGAGUCUUUUGA